CAAACGCACGAUACGCGACGACCCGUAACCUUGUAUCGUUAUCGCGGUAUCAAAUAGUCCGAAGCGCUUCUCAGAUGGCAUGUUUUCCUUUUAGUUUAUUUUCCAUCUCCUCUUUUUACCCGUAUUUUAGUAACAAAUCGUCGCCGGCUCGAGGCGAAGUGCAUCUUGAGCAUCUUUCCUUACUUACUCAGCAAGCCAGACUCUGUAGUUUACAAGUGAUCAUUCAGCGAUGAACAUGAAAUCGAGUCAGAAGAGUUCUGACAACUUACUGCGCGUGGAGGACGGGUUAGCAUGGCAGAAGAAAUCGAAGGAUCCGCUAUUCGUCUCGGUUUUAAGCUACGAAUCGAGGGUGACGAAAUGCUUCAAGUUCUCUUUUAUCCUCCUGACUAUCGCGCUGGUUGGGAUUGUGGCCUAUGAACUUCAGCAGACGAUUCGAACCGAGUACUUGAUAACCGACGCCGAAGUCCAGGCGACGGAAAUAAUUGAGAAUACUAUUCAAAAUGAAACAGAUUCAACGAACGACUCGGAUCUUCAAAUCCGAAGCACCGUAUCUACAAUCGAAUCUUUUUCCAAAGAAUAUUAUCACUCGAGCGAAGAAUCGAAGGAGGAACAAAUUUCAGAAAAAAUCGAUGCAGAGACAUUCGGCGAUUCGGUGGACGAAACGUCCGACUUUUUAAAACAGCUUCAGGAAGAUAUGAAAAAUAUCGAUCUAGAUCAGGUGGAGAGUAUCGAACGGCUCCUCAAGAAAAUUGAAUCGAUUCAUAGACAAAUGGAAAUGGAUCAGAUUCCUGAAGAAAACGGAAGCAUUACCGUCCCAGUUGAUGAGAAGAUUGAGAAUCCCGUUGUAGAGUCCAGCGAAGUUUUUACACCAGUGCCGGACGAUUGGAUGGCAAUGUUUCCGGAAAUGACGACUCAAGAGCUGGAGAAAAUCGUCAACGACACCGGAAUCGUAACAAUAUUCGAAGAAAAUGACAGCUCCGACGAUUAUCCCUUCGACGAAGACUCCUACGAAGACUAUAACGAUUAUUACUCGGCGGAAAAGACCGAAAGUAAAAAAGAUAUCAUUGCGGUGACGAGCGUGCCACCGGAAACCGUGGAAGUGACAGAAGAAGUUAUAGAUCAGGAAAUGGAUUCGGACUAUGUCGAGAGCUCUGAAGAUUUUUUCAUUACUCAUACGGAAUCGCCAGCCAUCAAUUCGACAGAUUCGGUUGUACUCGAUUGGAAAAAUUUUACUGAUGAGAAUCCGAAUGAACCAACGGGAUCUGAGAAUAUUGAUCAAACAACCGACUCGGGAAGUGAUCGGUACGAUGGUGACGAUUGGAUUGCUGACUUCUUCCGAAGAUUGUCGGAAAAACUAAACGACGAGGCUGAGAACUUGAACAGUGAUCACAUUUUGCUCGACUAUAACCACGAUGACUAUUCUGAUUCAGUAGAUGACGUUGUCAGCGAUAGGUGGCUUGGCUAUCGUUCUGUACCGUCUUAUGGCGAAACGGCGUCAUUCGGUGAAAAUGAAUACGAAGAAGAGUACGGAGAAGAUGACUACGAUCCCUACCCAAGCAGUUCUGAUUACCAUGGAUUGAGAUGGAGACGGUCCAUUCCCACGUCAACAGUAAACGAUGAAAGACUAGUCGAGUCACAUUCAUACCUAGAAAAGUCAGCUAAGCUGAUUACCGAAAUGCGGAAAACUAUCGACGAAGACAACCGCAUACUCCACGACCUUGUCUCCGUGGCCUCUGAACCGGCGAAACAAGUCCUUCAAGCAGAAUUACACGACUUUUACAAACGGAUGGAAGCCGUCACGACUCACAUCGAUCGGCUGCACGAACGGUAUCUUAGACUUAACGAACUGACCGACGACUACGUGUCGAAGGAGUUUCCUGAGUCCAAGGAAGUAAACGACGACGGUUAUAGAUUCUGAAGAACCAAGGCUAAGGAUAUCCUGGAUGAACCGCGUGAACGACACGCAUCGUACCAGUUUCGGUGUAAAUAAUCAUUCACAACGUAAUUCGAGUUCAAUCGAGUCAAGAACUUUUGGUACUGAUUGUAAGUCAGCUUUGCUGACUGUAUGAUUUUGGGUUCUGUUUCCAUCCGACUGAGUUGGUGUUUAAAUGAUUGGGCGGAUACUGCACUGAAAGUUUUUGCCAACUUUCUGUUGUUUAAUUUAUGUCUACUUUAUGUUUAUGCGUAAUAUGUACCUAAGUGUUAAGUUAAAAAUAACGUUAAGCACAUUCUAUCGAGCAAAGGUGUAUACGAUCUACCUAAACGGAAAUAAAAGGUUGACUGAAAACGUAAGAAAUU